AUGGCGCCGGAGCAAGCUGUGGAGGCGACCAGGGCUUCGCCUGUGAAGAGAUCGGCUGGUGGUUUUGCCGAUGAAGAUGAUCUCUUCGACAUUGACGAAGGUGUCAUUGAGCCUUCGUCUAAGAAGGCCAAGUCUAGUGCUGCUUCGCCGGACGUUGCUGCUUCCGAAGCUUCGGCUCCUAAGGCAACCCCCACGGCCCAGGCAUCAACAGCUUCCUCCCUUUCUAAGGGGAAAGAUGUUCCUUCAGCUGCCACCGUCGUGACUCCUCCAUCUGACCUGCGAGCCGAAAAGGAGCAGCUUGCCCAGGAGCAUCGCAAGGCCUUAGCCGCUCAGGAGACCAUCUCCGCAGAGCUCAAGGAUCAGCUCGUGCAGGCUGAGCUCCGGCACUCACGGGAGCUGAAGGAGGCCCAGGCUGCGUCUGAGGCCAAGUUGGACGAAUCUCUGAAGGAGUUCACCAACUCCAGCGCUGUGCUGCGGGUGGAGCUGGAGGAAGAGACCGUGGCGCGGAAAGCAGCGCAAGACCGGAUCGCCACCCUGACCACAGAUCAGGCUGAGUAUGACCGGUUGGUCAUGCAAGCCGAUGCGCUGGCCCUCAGGCUCUUCCCAGAAUCACAGCCGCAUGCGCACAAGAAGGUAACGGAGCGCAGGGCUGAGCAAGCCAUGAGCAACCCGGCUGCGCCCUAG